AUGGCUGUCUCCGCUCAGAGAAAUAUACCCGCUAUCCUGGUUACCGAGGGUCUGGUUACCACCAUUGGCAACGCCUUUGGGGGUACUGUUGCUGUCGCCAUGUGGAUUGGUAUUUUCUUUGUCAAACUGCUAGCACACCUCCCUACAUCCACUCCGGCAGACUUUACAAGCACUUAUGGCUCCCUUUUCGUUCAACAGUUCUACGCUAGGGAACAACAACCCGUGAUGCUAUCGACCAUUUUCUCAUUGCUGCCAUCUUCAUCUCUGUCGGCUCGUCGUCAUUUCAAAGCUACCUUAGAAAAGAUCUACCCGGUGACCGUGGCAUUGACCAGACCUAAGUGCCGUCACGGCUACGGACCUCGCACCACCACAGCAAAAGCCUCCACUGCGCCACUGAACACGCCUCGGUCUCAGGCACCACAAACGCUUGUUCUCACUAUUUCUACAGUCAAACCUCUUUGUAAUAAUUCUCGCAAGCGUCCUAUUCCACUAUAG